UCGGUCGACCGAAAAAAGGAACGUUACAAUGCGUUAUAUUUCAUCCGUUAUUUUUUUCGUUACGGUGGGUUUUCGGUGUGUCUGGCAGCGGCUUUACGGUGCUGAUCUUUGAAUUGGUAAGCAUAUCAGAAAUUGGUAGAUAAAUUUGUAUUUCUGGUCACUCUGCGUGGCGGUUCGCUACGGUACGUCAAACGCUGUCCGUGCAUCCGAACCUGGAGAACAAUUGUGCGUGUGUGUUGCUGGGUGUUUCGCUGGAGACUUUGCUGAAAGGUUUUGGGGCAGCAUAAGAUUGCUCCGUUUACGCACAAACAAACAAUUUGCUUGAUUGGAAGCGAACAAAGCAAAGCAUCAUCGAUUUUGUUCGUAUACAGGCGGUCUGCACGGCUGCUGUACCGCCGCUGCUGGUUUACCAAAACAACACCAACGAGUGCUGAGCGCUGUGCAGGUGUGGGUGUGCGUGGGAAGUGGGCGGCCUAUCUACCACCUGCCAGCCUUCCGUGUGCAAAACAAAUGGUGUCGGACGGCAAUUUAUUUGCGUGACAAAAGUGUGCUCCAGCAUCAGGAUCCGGUCAGGCAUCAAUGAAUUAAAGCGCAUCUCCGGCAUCCGGUGUCGGUCGGUGUUCGGUUUAUUUUGUGGGGGAGAGCAGCUGCCCCAGUGUUCAUCGUGCCGUGAAACAGAGGGAAGGUAGGGGCACUGUGGAGAAGAGCAGGCGUAUGCAUAAGUGGUGCGAAUGUGGUGGGAACGAGAUUAGCAGCAGCAGAACCAUUUGAAAGUGUCGCUCACCCGCAACGCGUCGAUUGUGUGUGUUUUGCUUCGAAGCUAAUUAUGCUGCUCACCCUCAAUUCAGUGCGGAAAACAAGUUUGUCGGGUAGAUUUGGGUUUUCCGACUCGCAGACCUAGUCUGGCACUGGUUCGAAAAAGUGGGUUGAAUACCACGGUGGUUGGGGUCUAUAGGCGAUAGACGAAGAGAGAGAGAGAGAGAGAGAGAGAGAGAGAGAAAAAGAAUAGAACAACUAACACCAAUGCUCCACGUCACCAUCGAUUGAUUAGAAGUGGAUUAUCGCUUGUAGCACAGCCGUGCGCUCUCAGGUCGAGCCGCAGGCCGAGACAAAUCGAGGCAGGCAGUGCAGCAAAGAUCAAAUGUGCUCGAUCGCAAGUAAAACAUAGAAACGCGUCGUAACCAGUUCGCAACAGAAACGAGCUACACUCCCUCCACUCCCAAACACAGCGCAACCAUGAUCGUCCGGCAACUGAUGGGCCUGAAUCCGUGGGCCCGCGUGCUCGUCCCGUUCCUGUUCGUGUGGGUGCUGUUUGUGUUGAUAUUCUACUCGAAGCUGAACACGUCCGCCGCGUCCAGCAGCUCCUCCGACGGCGGGGACGAUUCGCUCAAGCGGCUCGAACGUGCCGUCCAGCAGCUGGAACGCUCCAAGCAGGUCGACCAAGAGCUGCGCCUGCUGGUAGACGAAUAUCUGGCCGAUGCCGGCACGUCGGCCGACCGGAAGCAGCACUUUAUCGACGAGCUGGGCAGCAAGCUGGAGCAGGACGCGGCCGGCAGCGCGGGAUGGUUUGCGGUUGGCCGGCCCCGUAACGGACCGUCGCUCGAGUACGAACGGCUGCGGCGGCGCGUCGAAACAAACACCCAGGAACUGUGGAACUUCCUGCAGUCCGAGGUGACGAAGGUGCAGAAGCAGGCGCUACGAUCCGAGCCGGAACUGGCGAAACCGCUGAAUGCAUUCCUGUCGCUCGCCGCCGACCACAAACGCUCGCUGCUGACCGAUAUCGAGCGAAUGCGGGCGGCCGACGGGUACGAAGCGUGGCGCCACCGGGAAGCGGCCGACCUGAGCGAGCUGGUGCAGAAGCGGCUGACACGUCUCCAGAACCCGGAAAACUGCUCAACGGCAAGAAAGCUGCUGUGUCGGUUAAACAAGGGCUGCGGGUACGGGUGCCAGCUGCAUCACGUCGUGUACUGCUUCAUUAUGGCGUACGCGACCGAGCGCACGCUGAUCCUGAAGUCGAAGGGCUGGCGGUACCACAAGGCGGGCUGGGAGGAGGUGUUUCAGCCCAUCUCGGACACGUGCCUGGACUCGAACGGUGCGUCUCACGCGAGCUGGCCGGGUCAGGCGAACACGCAGGUGCUAACGCUGCCGAUCAUUGAUUCGCUGAACCCGCGCCCACCCUAUCUGCCGCUGGCGAUACCGGCCGAUCUGGCACCGCGGCUGAUGAAGCUGCACGGCGAUCCGAUCGUGUGGUGGAUCGGCCAGUUUCUCAAGUACCUGCUGAAGCCGACCGGCGAGACGCAACAGAUGCUGGAAAAUGGCAUCGAACGGCUUGGGUUCAAAAAACCAAUCGUUGGCGUGCACGUACGGCGGACGGAUAAAGUAGGCACGGAAGCGGCCUUCCACGGUAUCGAGGAGUACAUGACGGCGGUCGACGACUACUACGACCAGCUGGAGCUGACAGAAAAGGUCGACAAACGGCGCGUGUUCGUAGCAAGCGACGACCCGAAGGUGAUUGAGGAAACGAAAACCAAAUACCCUCAAUACGAGGUCAUCGGCGAUCCGAACGUGGCCAAGAUGGCAGCCGUUUCGACGCGGUACACCGAUUCGUCGCUGAAUGGCAUCAUACUGGAUAUACAUCUGCUGUCGCUCAGCGAUUAUCUCGUGUGCACGUUCAGCUCGCAGGUGUGCCGGGUGGCGUACGAAAUCAUGCAAAGCAUGUACCCGGACGCAUCCGGUCGGUUCCGGUCGCUGGACGACAUCUACUACUACGGCGGGCAGAACUCGCACAACCGCGAGGUGGUGCUGCCGCACGAGCCGAAAAAUCACGACGAGAUUCAGAUACGGCCGGGCGAUCUGGUCGGCGUUGCCGGCAACCACUGGAACGGCUACUCGAAGGGCAAGAACCUGCGCACCAAUCAGGUGGGCCUGUUUCCGUCGUUCAAGGUGAACGAUAAGAUCGAAAUCGUGGAGCUACCCAAGUAUCCGUACGUGAAGUAGUCCCCUAGACCGGGCGAUGGGCGCCUUCUGCUAGUGAGAGAAUUGUAACGUAUGGAUCCUAUUUUGCGUUUGUAUGAUUGAAAGUUCAAACCGUGUGUAUGGCAGGUAUGCGAGGGAGUGAUACGAGACGAUGCGUAUCAUACGAGUGCAACCGUAUUGUACGAAUGAUGCUUUUGUUGUUUGUGUGUGUGUGGGAGAGAGAGCGAGAGUGUGAUACUGAGACUAUUACUUUUGUAGACCAAUUGCCAGUUAUUUACCGUACAUCCCCAUCCUAUUUUAUUUGAUUUUAGUACGCGAUUUAAAGUUAGUAUGUUAAUUACCAGCCAGGAACGGGCAGGCAUCUGGCACAGUAUAUGAUUUAAAUUCCAUUUAAAUAUGAACAGUUGCCCGGAAGAACAAAACCGAUCAGACACGUGUGAAACAACAGGAACAAACGUACUUGAUAUUAAUAUAACAAGAAUUACCAUCAUCCCCCUUUGCUCAUUGUAUGCCACCGCGUGUAUCGAAUACGCUUUCGCAAAGCAUCAGGCUGCUGUUAGUAGUAUAAUAAUAAUAAUAAUGCACACAGAUAUUGGAAAUUACGGAAGCAGUGUGAUGGAUGAAAAUCGAACAAAAUUACAAUUGAUCGCCGAUCGCUAUAUGCAAGGUAUAUAGGACAAAAACAAAAAGCAAAGCGAGCUAGACAAAAUUUGCGUACAGAUAGUUUUCUUAUACAGCUAAGUUUAGGACAGUUGUAGGGAAUCCGCAGCGAAUCCAUUAAAAAACUAGUAAAUUAAAGUGAGUGUGUGCCUGCGGCUGGUGGAACAAGAAUCGUGAGCGGAUAGUUGAACUGUA